AUGUCUUCGUUCCAGCAGCAGGAGAACCCCCGCGGCCCGUGUCCGUGCGCCGCCGGGUGCAGCUUCUUCGGGAGCCCGGAAACCCUCGGCAUGUGCUCCGUCUGCUACAAGAAGCACUGUCUCGCCGCCGAGGCGGGCGCCAACACCGCCGCCGCCGCUACCGCGUCGCGAUCUGCGGCCACUGCCGCUCCGGUCCGCACCACGGCUUCAUCUACGUCGGCUAAGCCCGUCGCUGACGUCUCCUUCGCGCCUGCCGCGGAGGCAGCAGCCGCUGGUGUAGCUGAAGAAGCCGUCGUCGUGCAGCCGUCCUCCGCGCCCGGGGCGGCCAAGAAAGCGCAGCCAACACGGUGCGCGGCGUGCUACAAGAAGGUAGGGCUGACGGGGUUCGUGUGCCGGUGCGGGAAGACCUUCUGCGGGACGCACCGCUACGCGGAGGAGCACGGGUGCAGCUUCGACUUCAAGGGCGCAGGCCGCGAAGCCAUCGCCCGCAACAACCCGCUCGUCAAGGGGGCAAAGCUCUCUGGCAAGAUCUGA